AUGGGCUCAAUAGAUACAAAUGACCACCGACACCUCUCCGGAUUCUAUGAAGAGACCGACACGGGCUACCGAGUCUCAGAGGAACGUCUGGGCCAGCCUCGACACCUCCGAGUCGUCAUGGUCGGGGCUGGCGCCAGCGGGCUCAACAUGGCGCGCCACAUGGAGUUGCACAUGCAGAAUUACGAGCUCAUGAUCUACGAGAAGAACGCCGACUUGCUGAUCUGUCUUCGCAGAUAUCCCGGGUGUGCUUGUGAUAUCCCCUCGCACAACUACCAGUUCACAUGGGAACCAAACCCGAACUGGUCGCAUUUCUAUUCCACCUCGCAGGAAAUCCUUGAGUACUUUAAGGGCAUUGCCGAAAAGUACGAACUGUACAAGUUCAUCAAGCUUAAUCACUAUGUCCAGUCGGCUCAGUGGGACGAAGAAGCCGGGAUUUGGCACAUCAAGAUCAAGGACACAUCUACUGGGGAGACAGUAGAAGAUUGGGGUCACAUCUUUAUCAAUGGUUGUGGAAUCUUGAACAAUUGGAAGUGGCCUGAUAUACCCGGACUGCAUUCUUUCAAGGGCGCCCUUAUACACAGUGCGGCCUGGGACGAUAGCCAUGUUCUCGAGGGCAAACAAGUGGCUGUGCUUGGAUGUGGUUCGUCAGGGGUGCAGAUUAUCCCUACUAUUCAACCGAAGGUCAAGUCUCUGACCACGUUUAUUCGCACCCCUACAUGGAUUACCGCUGGGUUUGCACAAAACCAUGCUGGCCCAGGCGGGUCCAAUUUUGCGUUUAGCGAGAAGCAAAAGCAGGAGUUCCGAGAGAAUCCUGAGAAGUACAUGGAGUACCGGAAAUCGAUAGAGAGCGAACUGAACCACCGAUUCAAGCUCGUCAUUAUGGGAAGUCAAGAACAAGAGGAAGCCCGACUCUUCUCCGUCAACGAGAUGAAGACCAAGCUUGCGGGCGACGAGCGCCUGAUGAAGGCCAUGAUUCCCGAUUUCGGCGUCGCCUGUCGUCGUCCCACCCCGGGCAACGGAUACUUGGAGGCGUUGACUGCCGACAACGUCCGCGUCGUCACGGACCAUAUCGAGUCGAUCAUACCUGAAGGGAUCAAGUUGACGACGGGCGAAGUCAUCAAGGUCGACGUCUUCAUCUGCGCCACCGGGUUCGACAUUUCGUUCUUCCCACGCUUCAAAGUCACUGGCAGGGGAGGCAAGGUUCUCUCCGAGCAAUGGGCGCGCAAACCAGAGGCAUACUUUUCUGUCGCUACGGAAAACUUCCCCAACUAUUUCAUGUUUCUCGGCCCCAACUCGCCCGUCGGCCACGGCUCCGUCCUCCCCAUCAUCGAGCACAACACCAAAUACUUCAUCAACUUCAUGAAGAAGAUCCAGACGCAGAACAUCAAGUCCGUCAGCCCCAAGCCCGACGCCAUCCGCGACUUUAAUGAGCACAUCACCGAGUUCAUGAAGCGCACCGCCUGGGCGACCCCCUGCCGCAGCUGGUUCAAGAACGGCACCGUCGACGGGCCCAUCGUCGCGCUGCACCCCGGCGGCCGCAUCCACUGGUUCCACAUGCUCGAGGACAUCCGGUACGAGGACUGGGAUUACACGUAUCUGACCAAGAAUAGGUACCAGUACCUGGGCAAUGGGUUCUCGACCAAGGAGCUGCCCGGGAAGGACAAUGCGUGGUAUUUCGACGACCCGGAACAGGGGUAUAGAGAGUAUUAG